AGCUGCACCAAUUGGUUGAUGCAAGAUCGAAGUUUCCUCACGCACAAUUACACAUACAUACAUACAUACACACAUACAUACAUACACACAUACUCACAUGAGUCUCUUUGUUGCAAGUGACGAGUGCGUGAGACUGACCACUCUGACUGACUGCUGUUCACACAUGCACGCAGACACGCAAAAAGUCAAAACCAUCCACACGACCAUCUACACCCACCCCUGUUUAUCCGUCCGGUUUAUCCCCAGGUGUCGCAUAUGUAUCGCCUCUUGGCCUGCAGCUGCAGCAGGAAGCGGUUGGCGUCCUCCUUGCUCAUCCCGCCAUGCACACCCAGCACCUCCACAAAGGCGUCCCACACCUGCGAGGGCAUCGGGUGCGCCCGGCCGCACACGUACACCACCGCCCCUCGCCGCAGCAGCAGAUCCACCACAUCGCCGCCCCGCCUCUCAAUCAAGUCCUGCACGUACUCCUUCCUAUAGGGGUCUGUGCGCGAGAAGGCCACCUCGACAUCGAGCCACCCCGAGUAGCGGCCCCACUCGGCCUCAUACAGGUAGUCCUUCUCGCGGUGACGGAAGCCGAGGAACAGCAUGUCUCGAGGGCUCUUGUGGGGCGGGCUGGUCGACGGAUGGUGAAGGUCGCCAUUCGCCGGCUGCUGGGCAGCAGACUGGUGGUCAUUGUCUCUAGUGGUGCGGGAGGUCGCUGUGCGGCUGUGCAGCUCCAGCACUGACACACGAAGGCGAGAGCAGGCCAUGGUGUUUUGGUGGUGGCUGUCUGGGUUGCGUACAUUGCAGGUGUCUGUAUUGUAUGACGGCUCUGCAUGGCGCCAGGCCAGUGCCCGGGCAGACCAUAAUGAGCGGCACCGACAGCUCAGGAACGCGCUGGAUGCCACCGCUCCGCUCAAUGCCCACAGGAAUCCAAUCGCCCGCCUGAACACACACACGCCGCACACACGCACCCACUGACUAGACCGUCACCAGAACGUGACACGCGCAGAAGGGGCAUCGCGGCAUGGCUCACUCACCUUGAGUCGUCGAAAGAAUUGGCUGCAGAGACCCACAAUGUGGCGAUCAUACCCAGUGGUGUACUCGACCAUCGCCGCACAGAGGUCGAGGUCCACAAACCCACCUGCUCCUUCACUCCUGACACCGUCAUGGCUACCAGCACCUCCGCCGAUGACACCAAUGCACGGCGCAGGAGGGGGCGGCAGGCGGCUGGCCGUCAGCUUGGUGAUGUGCAGGGGCAGAGCCAUGCCGCCGCCUGUGGGUGGGGUGGUCAGGGGGGUCCGCAGCUGCGGCAUACUCGACAGCGCCAGAGCUCGCCAGACAUCCUUGCGAUACCUGAUCCAUCAACAGACAGUCUCAGAUGGGGAUAGACGGAUGUGAGUGUGUGUGCUGACCAUUGCGGUGCAGAUGCGACCGAGUAUUUGCGCGGCAGUAUGGGUGGGAUCAUGCUCAGCAGGUGGUCGAGGGGCGGCGAUGCGCUCCCAAAGUCCCACAGGACCUCAGCGAAGGUCCGCCGCUCUGUCUUGCAGUACUCAUAGUACUCCUCCUUCGCUUCCUGCACGCACACAUCAACCCAAAGACCAUCCGCCAUCCACCCGUCCAUCGGCCCCCUCUUUGUUUGGCCACCAGUGUGCGUGCGGCGAAUUCGCGCAGUUUCUCGCAGUGCUGUUGGUCAGUGGAGAAGAACGAGAGGUAGUGAAAGAAGAAUCGUGGCGGCACCGCUGUGAUGUCCAGGUAAAGUGUAAAGACGUCACGGAUGGAGAGGGAGGUGGGGGGAGGGGGGAAGGGGUUGCGCCGGUCCAGGGCUGCCGUGGGCGUGAUCUGGAUCACUUGGUUGGGGUUCAACUUCUGGUGCUCCAGGAAAGAAUCGACCAGCCUGACAGGCAGACAGAGAGAGAGACAGAGAGAGAGAGAGAGCGGAUUGAGCAGUUCUAUGAGCAUUUUUUGAGCAGUUUUGCAUCGCUUUGUGGGGAAUGUGGGGCAUACGUUGGGUCGAUGGAAGGCCAUACGAUGGCCACAUCUCCAGGCACAUAAAUGGUAUCGUUCCUCUCAGACGAAUCGCAGCUCAACUGAACGAACAAACACACUCAACUGAACAAACAUACCAUCCCGUCUCCCCUGCCUCCCUCCUCUCCCGCUCACUCACCCUCAGGUGCAGAUUCUGCACGUCCUGGAAAUGGCUCUCCUCUGUCAGGCGCCUCAGAUCCAUGACCUGUGUCCACCGGAUCCUCUCGCCGCCCCGGCCAUCAUUCUCAUGCGCGAAGGGAAACUUGAAGUGCCCAUGCGACGAUGAGGAUGACGCCGAUGACGACGUGCCACUCCUGGCCCCCGUGGAGACCACGCGUGAGCGAUACAUCGGCUCGGGCAUGGAAUCGUCUGGGAGGAUGGUGAGGCCGUCGGGGAUGGGGUGGAUGGCGAGGAGGGCCUCCCAGAGCCCCUCCAUCCAGGGGUCCAACUCGCCCUCAAAGCCAAAGUCGUGCUGGUCGUCACCCAGACCUAUCCUGCAAGAACGAACAAAAGCAGACAUCACUUUGGGCCACAUAGCUGGUCGCUUCGUCCGCGCUGACCUGUAGAAUUCGUGUGCCCCCAGCUGCAGAAGCCUCUUGUGCAGCCGCCUUGCCGCAUAGUUGAACUGCCGAUAGUGCGAGUCGCCCAGACCAAACACAGAGAACCUGACAGGUGCCAAUACCCAUGCACACCAUCACCACACAUAAGAGCGGCCGUGGCUGACUGACUCACCUGAUGUUUCUGAGGAGGUUGGGCGGAUGGCUGCCUCUCCUCAGGUACGUCCAGAACUUGCGCAUGUUGUCAGGCGCAUCACCCUGACCUGCAGACAGACAUGCACACCAGGCAGACAGACAGACAGAAAUCACCGGCUGAUCUCUCCCUUCACUCAUACGCACCAGUAGUGGAUGUGACGAACACAACGGUGAUCUCGUGUCGGCAGCUCUCAUAGUCAAAGUUAUCCAUGGGCAGCAGGCGGCACUCGAACCGUCGUCGACGGCCUUCGCGUGCCAGGUCUGCCGCCACCUCAGCCGCACAGCCCGUCUGGCUGCCGUACAGAAUCAACAGACGGCGCGCAUCCAUUCUCACACCAGAC